CUGCGGGACGAGGUCCGCGUCCUGUCGACGCUGCGCCACCCGCACAUCGUCGAGAUGCGCGAGGUCUUCGAGACGCCGACGGAGCUCUACAUCAUCAUGGAGCGCGCGCGCGGCGGCGAGCUCUUCGACCGCAUCGUGGAGAAGGGCAACUUCAGCGAGGCCGAGGCCGCCGCGGUCAUGUACCAGCUCCUGAGCGCGCUGACGGACAUGCACCGCCGCGGCGUCAUCCACCGGGACAUCAAGCCCGAGAACCUGCUCCUGACGACGCGCGACGGCUGGGAGCUGAAGCUGUCCGACUUUGGUCUCCGGUCCAUCGCCGAGCGGUUCGGCCGCGCGCGGACGCACACGCUCUGCGGGUCGCCCUACUACAUGGCGCCCGAGGUCUGCAGCCGCGAGCGCUACGGGCCCGCCGUCGACGUCUGGUCCGCGGGCGUCGUGCUCUACAUCCUCCUCACGGGCAGCCCGCCCUGGGAGCGGCCGCCGCUCUUCGGCGCGAGCCCGCGGAUCGACGUCGACGGCGAGCUCGGGUCCAUCUCCCGGGACGGCGUCGACCUGCUCCUGUCCAUGCUCCGGGGCCAGCCGGGCGACCGGUGCACGGCCCAGGACGCGCUCCGCCACCCGUGGAUCAAC